AUGGAUGCUCUGUUAUGGCAAAAUUCGGAGACUACAGGGAGUAACAAAGAUGAAUAUGACACCAAGGAAAGGAACACAAAAAAAGUCAAAGACCAUGGAAAACAAGUAGUAGAGGAUGAUGGUUCACUGCAUAAAGGGAACAUGGGAGGCAUAACCUAUAAGGAGAUGGUUCUAGGAGCAUCAAGUGGCAAUGCAGAGGAGGAAGGAAAUUCAACUGGGAAUGAGGGGAUAUGGAGAUGA